AUGAUCUCGAGCAGCGUUGCAAGGUUGUCUCAGCUCAGUCUCCGAAGAGCUGUGUCACGUCACCACGUUUAUGCAACGCAAAUUACUAUCCAUGGAAUCAGAUCCUAUGCCGUCAAGGUUUCCAGGAAUCCUGAUUUUGGGACUAUUACUUCUCCGAUCUUGCAACAAUUUGCUUCAGUCUUAUCAACCCCUCAAACUUCGCUCAUUAGCACGAUUCCCUCUGAAAGGAAAGAGUGGAACACAGUGGAAGAGUCAGAAUUAGACUCAUAUAACAAAGACUGGAUGGGAAAAUACAUUGGACGGUCCAAGUGUGUAAUUCGACCCAAGACAACAAACGAAGUGGCCCAAAUUAUGCGGAUUUGUUAUGAACAUCGCCUCGCUGUUGUUCCACAAGGAGGAAAUACGGGUCUUGUAGGUGGAAGUGUUCCGGUCUUUGAUGAAGUUGUAUUGAAUCUGAGUAGUUUAAAUCAGAUUCGCAGCUUUGAUGCCACAUCAGGAACACUCGUAUGUGAUGCUGGUUGUAUUCUUGAGACUUUGGACGACUUUGUCGCCAAAGAAGGCUACAUGAUGCCACUUGAUCUAGGCGCCAAGGGUAGCUGUCACAUCGGUGGUAAUGUGGCAAGCAACGCAGGUGGACUCCGUUUCCUUCGAUACGGCUCGUUGCAUGGCACAGUUCUUGGAUUGGAAGUUGUACUUCCCAAUGGCGACAUAUUGCCAGGCCUCCAAACUUUGCGCAAAGACAACACAGGCUUGGAUCUCAAACAACUUUUCAUCGGUUCUGAGGGCUCCCUCGGCAUCAUUACAGGUGUAGCAAUCGCAACGCCUAAACGCCCAACAUCUGUCAAUGUGGCCAUGUUCGCUGUCGAGUCAUUUGAAGCUGUUAAAACGACUUACCAGCGUGUGCGCCAGCACUGCGCUGAGAUUCUCUCUGCUUUCGAGUUUAUUGAUCAGCAAUCAUUUGAUCUAGUUCUGAAAAACACGUCUAGAAAGCCCCGAGAUCCAUUUGAGGAACGUUACCCCAUGUAUGUACUCAUUGAAACGAGUGGAUCAAAUCAGGAACACGAUGAGUCAAAGCUCCAAGGACUUCUUGAAGACUUGAUGGAAUCUAGUAUCAUUUCUAACGGUGUGGUUGCUCAAGACGAAACGCAAAUCAAAGCCCUUUGGUCUCUGCGUGAAAGUGUGCCGGAGUCACUAGGCCAUUACGGGAAAGUGUAUAAGUAUGAUGUGAGUCUACCAAUGGACAAGAUGUACGAGCUUGUGCACAUCCUACAGGACCGGGUGAUUGGCUCAGGAAUGAUGCCUAGUGCGAACGAGCCAGGACGUGUCAAGGCCGUAUGUGGCUACGGGCACUUCGGAGAUGGUAAUUUGCAUAUCAACGUGGUCGCAGAAAACUAUGCCGCUGACAUUGAAAAUGUGAUCGAACCCUACAUAUAUGAGAAAGUCCAAGAAAUGAGCGGUUCUAUUUCUGCGGAGCACGGACUCGGUGUCAUGAAACCUGACAAAAUUGGAUACACGAAAGACCCCCUGUCAGUGCAUUACAUGAAGCAAAUCAAACGAUUGUUUGAUCCACAGGAUAUAAUGAAUCCCUACAAAGCAAUAUAA